AUGAAAAAAGAAAAGAACUAUGAUUUAAUUUUUCUUUUUAAAUUAUUCUUCACUCCUAAAACCCUAAAGAAUCAACUUUUCUUUUCCUCCAAUCUCCAUCACCACUCCUUAGUGUUUCCAUUUCGAAGUGAAUCAUGGCGAGGAAGAUGUUAGUUGAUGAGGAAAUGAACCAAACGAAUCAAGAGGAGGCUCAUUAUGAUUUCGACUUGUUUGUUAUCGGUGCCGGGAGCGGUGGCGUUCGUGCUGCCAGAUUCUCCGCUAACUACGGAGCUAAGGUUGGGAUUUGUGAGCUCCCAUUUCAUCCAAUCAGUUCAGAAGUCAUUGGAGGAGUUGGUGGGACGUGUGUUAUUCGUGGUUGUGUUCCCAAAAAGAUUUUGGUCUAUGGAGCGGCAUUUGGAAGUGAACUUGAGGAUGCUCGGAAUUAUGGUUGGGAGUUGAAUGAGAAACUUGCUUUUAAUUGGAAGAAGCUUCUACAUAAAAAGACUGAUGAAAUAAUCAGAUUAAAUGGAAUUUACAAGCGGUUAUUAUCAAAUGCUGGUGUUAAAUUGUUUGAAGGGGAGGGAAAGAUUGUAGGUCCAAAUGAAGUUGAGGUGACACAACUGGAUGGCACCAAAUUGUCCUAUUCAGCAAAGCAUAUACUUAUUGCAACUGGCAGCAGGGCACACCGACCUCCUAUUCCUGGGCAGGAGUUGGGCAUAACUUCUGAUGAAGCAUUGAGUUUGGAGGACUUGCCUAAGCAUGCUGUUGUACUUGGAGGAGGGUACAUUGCUGUUGAGUUUGCAUCAAUAUGGAGAGGGUUGGGCGCUAAUGUCGACCUCUUUUUCAGAAAGGAGCUUCCUUUGAGAGGGUUUGAUGAUGAAAUGAGGGCAGUGGUUGCAAGAAAUCUGGAACGAAGGGGAAUUAAUUUGCAUCCACAGACGAAUUUGACUGAGUUGAUUAAAACAGAUAAUGGCAUAAAAGUUACUACAGAUCAUGGUGAAGAGUUGAUAGCAGAUGUUGUACUCUUUGCCACAGGCAGGUUACCAAACUCGAAGAGGUUGAAUCUGGAAGCUGUAGGUGUGGAACUUGAUAACACUGGAGCUGUGAAGGUGGAUGAGUACUCACGUACUAGCAUUCCCAGUGUAUGGGCUGUUGGUGAUGUUACAAAUCGGAUGAACCUGACUCCUGUGGCCUUAAUGGAAGGAACCUGCUUUGCGAAAACUGUUUUUGGUAAGGAACCUAGCAAACCAGACUACAGCCAUGUACCUUGUGCUGUUUUUAGCAUCCCUCCACUUUCUGUUGUUGGUCUCAGUGAAGAGCAGGCAAUUGAGCAAGCAAAUGGUGAUGUUCUGGUUUUCACAUCAACCUUCAAUCCGAUGAAGAACACUGUAUCUGGACGGCAAGAAAAGACGGUUAUGAAGUUAGUCGUUGAUGCAGAGACUGAUAAAGUACUCGGUGCAUCUAUGUGUGGUCCAGAUGCACCUGAAAUUAUGCAGGGUAUCGCUGUUGCACUGAAGUGUGGAGCGACUAAAGCGCAAUUCGACAGCACAGUCGGCAUACAUCCUUCCGCUGCCGAGGAGUUUGUGACCAUGCGAUCUGUUUCACGGCGUAUUACCUGUAGGGGGAAACCGAAGACAAAUCUGUAGACAACAUAUCAAGGAAACUUGCAGCCCUGGUGAUAUAGAAGCAACAUUUCUUAUGAUCAUAGAUAUUUGAGAGAACAGGUAAUAUUUAAUUGGUAAGGGUUAUAUUUGGUUUGAUCAUUAUUCACAAUAAAAGGCUCAUCUAUCUUCUGUGUCUUUUAUGUUGUAUUUGUUAAAAAUAGUGGCCACGACCAACGUAUUUUUACCUUUGUACCUUAUCAGCACACUGAAAAAUUUGGAUUAGCAUCAUUUGAGUUCUUUAGUAAUGAAAAAUUUGGAUUAGCAUCA